AAAUCAAUAGGCUUCAAUCGAACAACCCAGUCCGAAUGGUAUAAAACUAUGGUCUAUUUACGUGUCGCAUUUGCACCUUGAAGAAAGAUUCUUGAAAUUAGCAGAGCUAUGGCGGAGGCGGAGGCGGCGACGGCGACGGCGACGGCGACGGCGUGGAGCAGGGAGACGGUCCCUCGCGUGCUUGAGAUCGUGAGCACGAGGCUCCCCCAGCGAGACGUCUACGCGCUCUUGCUCGUCAGCCCCUGGUGCUACCGUUCCCUCCUCUCCCACCCUGCCCUCUGGCAGGUCCUUGAUCUGCAUGAGAUGAGUCAAGCAGGAGAGCGACUGAUUUCUGCACUUUCACUGGCCAGAUAUCGACAAAUUAAAAAGAUAAACCUUGAAUUUGCACGGGAUAUCGAAGAUGAACAUCUUAUUCUCCUUAGAAGCAAGGGAAUAGAGUCACUUCAAGGCUUGGAGAAUCUAAAUCUGAAUGGCUGUCAGAAGAUUUCAGAUAGAGGAAUUGAAGCUAUAACGAGUGUUUGUCCAAAGCUGAGGGCUUUCUCUGUCUAUUGGAAUGUUAGGAUAACCGACUUGAGCAUAAAGCACAUUGCCGAGAACUGCAGACAUAUAAUUGAUUUGAACUUGAGUGGUUGUAAGAACAUUUCAGACAAAAGUAUGCAUCUUAUAGCUGAAAGUUACCAAGAAUUGGAGGAAUUGAACAUUACUAGGUGCAUCAAAUUAACAGAUGGUGGAUUACAACAGAUACUUCUAAAAUGUUCUUCACUCCAAAGUUUGAAUCUAUACGCCCUUUCAAGUUUUACUGAUAAAGCUUAUGAAAGGAUAGCAUUGUUAGCACAUCUUAGAUUCUUAGACCUUUGUGGUGCCCAGAAUCUGUCUGAUCAAGGCCUUUCAUGUAUAGCAAGGUGCAAGGAUCUGGUUUCUUUGAACUUGACAUGGUGUGUACGUGUUACUGACACAGGAGUAAUGGCAAUUGCUCAAGGUUGCAGGUCUCUUGAAUUUCUCAGCUUGUUUGGAAUAGUUGGGGUAACUGAUACAAGUCUGCAGGUUCUGUCAGAGUUCUGCUCAAAUACCCUUACAACCCUUGAUGUAAAUGGAUGCAUUGGCAUUAAGAGAAGGAGCCGCAGUGGCUUGCUUCAAUUAUUUCCACACUUGAAGUGUUUCAAAGUGCACAGUUAACAAUGAGCUAGGAACUCAGCGCUCGAUAUUGUCCUGUUCAUGUUGGAGUUUCCAUCGGCGCAGGUUGAUGCAAUACUGGAGAGCAAUCAGUAGCAGUAUCAUAAAGAUUAUUUAUGUAUUGGAAAUCGAAGUGUCGCACCGAAGAUGUUGGAGGAUCAAGAAGAAGAGAUCAUUCCUCAGAAUUCACUACCUCUGAAAGAGUUGGAAGACUCUUAAACAUUGCAUUUUGUGUGUUGUCUGUAAUCUGAUUAAGGGUAAAUAUAGGACACUUCAAAUCAAUCGGUAAGCUAGUAAACUCGGAUUUUGUAAAAGCAUCAUUCUUUUAUGCUGUUUGUUUUUACCACAUAAGGUUCAUGAUUGUUUUGAUCAUACCUUUUCUUCUGUUCUGCAAUCCGUGAAGAGAAGCAUCAGCUUUCUACCC